GACAGGGCUGGCCCGACAGGACCAGCAGUCAAGCCCAGGGAACCAGAUCCCAAUUCAGCACACCUAACGAGAAGUUCCCCACUGAAUGAGGAGACAGGUCCAGUUAUCAGCGAAGGGGUAGGGGAGGCAGAGACUGUUGGGAUAGGGGAGCAAUCAUUAGGAGACUUGGCGGAGGACAGGCCCGGUGUCGGACAAAGGAAAGCGAAGUCAAGCAAAGGAAAGCGGCUCCCGCAGGUUGGACGGAACCAGAAGUUGCCGUGCAAGUGGGGGCCCAGGCAGCACCAAACUUUGUCCUGGAAGCUUUCAAGGAGAAACUUGGUCUUGCUAAGAUGGUUAGUGAGGAGAGGAAAAGGUUAGAGCUCUUGUCCCGGAUGUUGGUUGAGAGGGUGAGGGAAAUUGUGGGUUUGGUAGGUAUCCGGCACAGCCUCUACUAUAAGAACCAGGACGUGGUCGAGGGGAUUGCGGAGUUUCUGGUGACAGGGGGAACUCCCAGCCUGGAUGCAAAGCUGCAGAGUCUCGGUACCCCGAUCACCCCGCCGCAGGGAACAACCCCUCUAGCAAUGCGGAGUCGCGACACAGGUCCAGAAUUGCAUGACGAGACUUUGAUCGACCCCCUGGAAAAGGGUCCGGAGAUUGCUUCCAAUGAGCGCCAGCGUAUGCAACAAUCGGGAGGAAAGCCUUUCGCCGAGCUUGUUGGAGGAAUUGUGGUCGACCAACUCGGGGAUAUGGAGAAACAGGUUUGUCCUGCCGAGUCGCAAGAGGAGGAGAACCGGAAGCAGAAGCACCCAGAGGUAUCGCUUCAGGGCGAGGAGGACGAAGACUCGGUGGCCACAAGGAGGUUGGAGAGCCUCAUCAGUGUUGCGGAGGCUCGUUCGACGCUCUUCGAGACGUUCAAUGCUAACCAGAAGGGGCUUGUCCACGAUUCCGGGCUGGUUCUCAACAGCCGGGAGCUUGCGGAUAGUCUGUACAAACUUCUCUUGGAAGCAGAACGAGUCCUACUUCCCGCGCUUGCGACCAGAGGCUACAACGCCAUCAAGGGAUUGUCGGCUAUUCUCGAGAGGUACGAGGACUCAAGGUCAACAUCCGGCACCAGCGGAUGAUCGGGGAAAGUCGGCCUUUUGUGUGCGGCGCAGCUAGUUGUUUAUGAGUUCUGUUGCGGGUACCAAACUUCAUUUAUAGGCAUUAUAGGCCGGGCGUAAACAGCCCCAUAGGGGUCGACUUAUCGUGAGUGCGUAGAAGACAACAGAAAGUGUUCAAUGUCGCAGUCUGGGUUGAGAACUACGGAAGUAGCGGCUAGCUGCUGAAAUUAGGCCCGCCCCGCUCUGGCCUGAAAGAGGAAGGCCAGUAUUAGCUCCUCCGUCCGACAUGGCGAUGAAGCAGGAACCAUGGAUCUUGAACCAUGACUCAAGAACAGAUAUUCUGAAAUAGUUGUGCCGCAACUCAAUGAAAUGCAGCACGCGCAUAUACCGUCGA